AUGAAUCACCCUGUUUCCUCGAACAUAGUUCUUCCUGGGCAGGCACAGUAUCCGGCGUCGUCUCCUGGCGCGCCAUCGGCUCCUGGUUGUCCGGCAGAACCGUCCUCUCCUGGCUCUCCUGGUACUCCUGGUUGUCCAGCGUAUCCACGUGGUCCUGGAGUUCCGUCGUUUCCUGGAGUUCCAGGUGCUCCCUUUGGUCCUUCUGGUCCGCAUGGUCCAACAUCUCCUGGCUUUCCAUCGACUCCCUUAGCGUGGCGAGUUCCGCGUGGUCCUGCUGGUCCGCGUGGUCCAGUUGGUCCUGUUGGUCCGGCCUUUCCGGCUGGUCCGGCUGGUCCAGCUGGUCCUGGAGUUCCUGGUUGUCCUGGAUGUCCGUUUGGUCCUGGCGCUCCGUUUGGUCCCUUGACUCCUGGCUCUCCAUCUGGUCCUGGUGGUGAGAGCCUUUCCGUUGACUCCUGGCUUGCCAUCGACUCCUGGAUUUCCGUUGAGUCCUGGAGCUCCUGGUGGUCCACGUGCUCCUGGUGGUCCGUCUGGACAUCCUUGAGAUUGGAGUCCACAGUGACAUUGGCUGUUGCUACGCUUGUGACGUCCGAAGAGUGUCUUGAAGUUUGGUGGAGCAGCAGUUUCACCAGUUGGGUUGACGUGAAGGGACAAGAUACGGGACCAUGUCUCAUCGGACUUCAUCUGAAUAUUCAAAAUUUAAAGACUAGCUUUCCAGUAAUCCAGGAGGAAAACCUUAAAAUCAUUCAUGCCAUCUGUAAUCUCCAAUUGCAAGUUGUUCAAGUCGGAGAUGAUGUUUCCAACAGAAAUGAGCAACAUGCCAGUAGCAAGGAUUGA